UUCUCGUCUGCCCUGCCGACCGUAUCGUAGAAUCGUGGUUUCGUUUACAGUAUUAUAACGAAAUGUGAAUGGGGGAAAACGGUAGUGGACACUAGUAAUAUGCCAAUGUCAUUUGGUUUCGCAACUUCUCGAACUUUUUUUGGAUCGAAUUUUCGGUGAUUCGCGCCGAAUAGUUGACGCCGACUUAAGUGCCGUCGGAUUGCGCCCUGAACCGUGGACGUACGCUCCUGCCGUCGGAGCGCCUUGGCCGCAGCCAGUCAUAGUCGCGCGCCGGAUAUCCACUUGCCGCGGGUGUACUUCUGCGAUUGCCCCUUUUUGCCGACUACGUUAAUCCGCUGUCCCUGUCCACCAUCUCGGUGGCCGACGACGCCAUAGCCGGAUAUCCACACGGUCGUGCAAAUGGCCGACUUUGGACGUGGGCCAGUUAUGUAAGGGGCCCCGAUAGUGACGACACUGCGCCACCUUCCCGCCCGCGCCCGUCUCUGUGCCGCAUUGCUCCGUCACUCACGGCUGCGACUUUGGACACCUCGCAGCGACAUCGCCCAGAACGGACCUAUGCACGCGCUUGCCAAGAAAGUAUUGGAAAUUCAACUAUUCAUUUAACAUGUGUGUUGGAGAAAUAUUACUCUUAACUUUAGUGUAACUAUGGAACCUAAUCAAUCUAUGCAAAAUAACAGAAUGUCUCGACUACAUCACAUCCAACCUGAAGUUUCGAUCUUUGCAGUUUCACCUAAUCCUCCAGCUAACAAACCAAAGAAAAUCAAAAGCGAUCCUCCGCCUCUGAAACCUGCAACAUGGCCAACCAAACCAGUUGGAUGCAAACCUGUUGCGUCCAUGCAAUUGCAACAGUUUUUAAAAUCUCAACGUCAAAAUCACAAACAGCCUACACAAAGACUACCUCCACCAUUGAAUAAAAUGCAAUAUUUUGCAAACGAUAGCCGCACAGAGUAUCAAAAACAACAACAACAAAUGCAUCAGAAACUCAUGCAACAACGUAUGAUUUCCAACAAUAAUAGCCACCGCGAACAUUCGCCAAAUCCACUGGAUUUUCUUGAGAUUGGAGUGCAUGCCGGUACUGGUGUUAUUAAUAAUAUUGCAAAAGAUAAUAGACCUAAAAAAGUAGAGGGAAAAAGUGCACCCCAACCGGAUUCUAGUAGCCGCCGAAAAAACGCCAAUCCAAGAAAAGUAGCACGAGAAAAUGAACUUGAAACGCCAGGACCCAGUGAUAAUGCCGUCAUAUCUCCAAUUAAACCAGAAAAUCUUCGACAGUCUUGCUUGUUAUGUGAACGGAAUUUUACCAACAAAUUUGAUUUAAGUCAACAUAUAUCAGAGGUGCAUGGAAUCGAGCCUUCGGAUUUACAUCAGUUAAAUGGAAACAUUGGCGGCGAAGACGAAGAACUGGCCGAAAGUAUGAUGGAAGCGGAACUUGUGUUCUUUUGUGAAGUGUGUACAAGAGAGUUUCAAGACAAAGCUAGUUUAUGGUUGCAUAUGGUCAGAGGUCAUAAACAAGAAGCUGCAGUUACAUGUGGAGUUUGUAUGAAAAUUUGCAACGACAGCAAGUCUCUAAUGGAGCACGUCAACACCGAACAUCCAAAAUCUAGCGACACUGCUGAUUCUGUACAACGUAGAUAUAGAUGUCAAGUUUGUGCUCGGCAACAUGAUACUAAAAAGAAAAUGAUGAGACACGUCGUCAUCCAUACAGUGUAUGACAAUGAAGGUCAAAUAAUUGAUCCUGAAAAAUUGAUCAUAAUCAACAAUAAUUUUCAUCCUACCAAAGCUACAAAUUAUGAACAUUAUACUAUUAGCUGUCAAGUGUGUCACAAAGUAUUCCCUAGUGAAGAGAAAUUGCUUAGACACAUGUCUUCCGUUCAUCUGAUGACUGGCUGUGACGACAUGAUAACCACGACGUCUGGCACAGCAUCUGCUAAUACUUCUCAAAGUAGUUUUCUUAAUCGUUGCGAGUUGUGUGGUGAUUCGUGUGGUUCUCGGACUGAAAAAUGGUGGCACGUCCUCAAAGAACAUGGUUCUAAUGAAACCCUUAUAUGCCCUAAGCCAAAUUGUAAAAAACUGUUUGUCUCGCCAGCAUUGCAAAUCGAACACCAAUCACAUCACGAAACACAAGGCGAUUGCCCUAAUACUUGUGAGGUGUGUGGACGUUUGUGGCCGAACCGAAAUGAUUUUUACAAACACAUAAUGGCUGUACACGCCGAAGUGAUGCCUCUGUUGUGUGGUUUGUGUUUAAAAGUACACUUAGACGUACCCAAACUUAGAGAACACAUCAAAGAAAAACACGAACCUUUAGUUUCAAAAGAAAAUGCUAUAUAUUGUGACAUUUGUGGACGGACGUAUACAAAAUGGUCGAAAAUGAUGCGACACCGAGCAAUUCAUAAUGUUGAAGACCAAGUAUCUCAUUUUGUCACUGAUCAAUUGACCGAGGUAAACUUAAAGUGCACGUUAUGUCCAGAUACAGAAUUUAAAACUGUCGAAGAAAUUUCAGAACACCGUAAAAACGAUCACCAGUUACACGUGUGUGAUCUCUGUUCAAAAUAUUAUAGUGGCAACAACCAUUUAUGGAAACAUGUAAGUAGGCAACACAAAGGUCAUCCAGAUGUUACUUGCAGUUUAUGUGCUCGUACGUCAGCUUCAAGAGUCCAUCUCAAAAGACAUAUGAUGAAAUAUCAUUCGGACCCUGUUGAUCAGCUCAUCGACAAGUCUAAUAAUAGUAAUUGUGCCGUAGCAAGUAUUAUACAUCAGUGUAUUAGAUGUGAUAAAGUGUUUAGGAUUAGAAGUUUAUUGAAAAAACAUCUAAAAUAUUGUAAAGGCAAGCGAGAUUCAAUGAUACCUAAAGAGAAAGGCGAUUAUCCUUGUUCCAAAUGUAGUAAGACAUUUGAAUAUCAAGCAUAUUUGAACAGACAUCUUCGACACAGCCAUUUAGUCCAAUAUUGUGAAUUGUGUUCCGAAGACAAAACUGGUGAACAUUUUGACAGUAAAAUGUUGUUGCUGGAUCACAUUAGGCAAAAACACGGAAACAAUCCAGAAUUGACUUGUGAUAUCGAUGGCUGUAACAAAGUGAUGAGAACGAAAGCAGAUUGUCAAAAACAUAAACGUGACCAUGUUCGCCGAGUGUUUUCAUACGUCUGUGAAUUCUGUGGCGAUAUGCAUUCAAAUAAAAAAACUUACAGAAAACAUUUACGGCAACGUCACAAAGGAAACACUCAGUAUUUGUGUGGUGUUUGUAUGGAAGUGUGUGUUGACAGUGAUGGUCUUACGAAACACUUACGCGAAUCCCAUCCACAAACAUUCACAAAACCAAAUACAUGUCAAAUUUGUGGUAAGAUUUUCUCUGUGGCCAGCAAAGUUGGUGAACAUAUCGACAAAAUACAUGGAAAAAACUUGAAGCCUUGUAAAAUUUGUUGGAAAGUAUUUAAUGAUUUAGAUGUUCUGAAAGACCAUGUAGAAAAUCAUCCUGCAAAAGAAGACUCUCCUAAAGCUACUCCGGUUAAAAAAGUAAUUGACCCUAAGCCUAAGGCACCAAAGCUUUAUGGUCUUCCAAAGGAACUAGCGGAACUUGGAUUCAGUGAGGAGCAACAAGAGAGUCUUAAAAGAGAUAUAGAUGAUGUUACUUCAGAUAUUAACACAAAGAGACUGAGAAAACUCCACUCGUGUACAGUUUGUUACAAAAGUUUUCGAUUUGAAACCGACUUAUUCGAUCACAGAAGAGAAGAACAUUCAAUUAUUGAUGAUAAUUAUGUGGAAGAGGAAACUGAGCGCAGUAGAGAUGCACCUGCACUACCAAAAGGCAAAAAGACUAUUUGUACAAUAUGUAGGAAAGAAUGGUUAAGUUUAAAACACUUUUGGCAGCAUUUGAUUCGAGCUCAUCGUCCUCAAGCUGCGUUUGUUUGUGGAAUUUGUUGCAGAAUAACUUCGAGUUAUAACAAUUUGUCUUUACAUUUGGAUAACCAUCAUCAAAACGCUACAGUUGCCUCAUUAUUUUCUUGUGACAUUUGUGGCCGUAAUCAUAAUGCGUAUUCUAAACUUAAAAAACAUCGGCUUAUUCAUUCCAACGCACCAGAGAUAACUGACAAAUUUCAUUGUGACGAAUGCGAGAUUGUGUUUAAUACUCGUUCAUUUGGAGAAAAACACGUUGCUACUCACGGUGCUGGUAGUAAGUUGUGUGAUGGCAAAGAUUUGUGUCAAGAAAUGGAUGAAGAAGUAUUAGAAGAUCAAACAGAAGAAGAAGAAGAAGACGUAGAAAACGACAUUGAACAAAAUCAAGAAAAUGCCGCAGAUGACGAGGACGACGAUGAUGAUGAAGAGGCAGAACAAAAUGAAGUUGAUGAUGACGACGAAGAAGAAAAUGAUCAGAGUGUUGAAGGCGAAGAGGACAAUCAAAAGUAUGAUGACAAUGUUGUCGCCUUGAAUGCUGUAACUGAAGAAGACAAUGAUGACGAGGAUGAUGAAAACGAACCCUCUCCCAUCAUUCUCUUUGAUCGUCGUGCUCUAUUUCCUGCUACCAUUAACAUUGUUCCCUAACCCGUUUAUUUUAUGUAAACAAAAAAAAAUGUUAUGUUCUGUACAAAAAGUAACUAAGGAAGUCAAUUUCGUUAAAAGAAAAGUAUAAAAGACUGGAAUACUGUCAUUGGUUGGCAUACAUUAUAUGACCUAUGAUACCAAAAUAUAAUUGUAUAUAUACUUUUUUUAAAUACAUUUAAUAGGAUGGGUUUUUGUUUUGCACAUUAUAAUUUAAUACCAUUAAUAAUUAAAAAAUAUUAUUUAUAUAUUUAACACCAAACAAUUAAAAUUAUUGUUGUUUUGUAAUUUUGUUAUUUACUGUUGAAAAGGCACUUUAAUACCUGUUAUAAUAAUAUAUUUCUUUGUAAAUAUUUUCCAAAUUUGACAUAUUGUGUAAAAUUGUACAGC